AUGCCUCCAAAGCGGAAGACGGCGACGGGGCGCAAGACGAAGAAGUCUUCAGCUGCGUCAAAUCCCCCGCUCCGAAGAAAUGCAUCCUCCUCCGAUGUCGACAUGGAUGCCAGCAGCGAUUCGAUGAUGGAGAGUGGGAGCGAAAGUGGGAAUGGGAAUGGAUUGGAUCACAAGAGCAUGGCUGUUGAUGCCAAACAGCGCAAGGCGCAGAAGCAGCAGCGUCUCGAAGAGGAUUUCGAAAGCAAGGCUCGAGCGAUCAAAGACCAGCUUGAAGGAUUAAUCAAAAAUCACCGGCAAAAAUGCAUGCAGACGCAAGACGGGCAACUGGCGAAACUGCUUAGCCUUGCGCAGAAAAAGGCCAACAUCGAGCGGCAGAUCAAAGAGCAAGCAGAAGAACUCGCCUAUGCGUACGAGACCAUGCGAGAGGAGUUCAGGGCCGUCCUGCAGGGUAUGGUGGGAGACGUGGAUGAGUCCAUCAAAGCGCUGAAUGCCUUGGAGGAAAAGGCACGUCAGAACUGA